ACCUCAUCUACUCUUAUGGAUUCGUUUUAUCCCCUUUUGGAAAUAUAUUUUUGUUCUUUCAUAGAUUCUCUGGUAUUCUGUUAUAGUUUCCACCGUUGUUGUUCCGUAAUCUUGUAUGAUUUUCCUAUUCGCGUGAUGGAGCACAUAUCAGUAUAAAUCUAGAGGAGUUCAUGGCUAGCAAAAGAAUCCAGAAGGAACUUCAGGAUUUGCAGAGAGAUCCCCCAACAUCCUGCAGUGCUGGACCCGUGGCAGAGGACCUCUUCCACUGGCAGGCUACGAUCAUGGGACCGGCAGAUAGCCCAUAUGCUGGUGGUGUGUUCUUUGUCAUGAUUCAUUUCCCAUCUGAUUAUCCCUUCAAGCCUCCCAAAGUCAACUUUCUGACAAAGGUGUACCACCCAAACAUCAACUCCAAUGGCAGCAUUUGUCUCGACAUCCUUAAAGAGCAGUGGAGCCCGGCCCUAACAGUAUCAAAGGUCCUCUUAUCCAUUUGCUCACUCCUCACUGACCCUAACCCUGAUGAUCCCCUUGUACCUGAAAUUGCCCACGUCUACAAGAACCAAAGAAAUCGAUAUGAGGAAACAGCGAGGGCGUGGACCCAGAAAUAUGCCAUGAACUGACAUCAGUGAUCAGCCCCUGUGGGUUCUCAGCAGACUUCAUUUC